AUGGCGGAGACGCAGUAAGAAAUUAAUAUUUAAAUUUGUCUAAUUUUUCUCUUUUUAGAAAUUUGCGGAAUGAAGAUUUCCGCAAGUUGCUCUCUACUGUCCGAAGAUCGGGACCAGCUGAAACUCCAGCUCGGGAACCAACUUCAACUGCGAGUUCGGCUUCGUUCAGACACAAGCAAAAACAGAAAUACCUACCGAAAAAGAACAAAACUGUGGCUCCGAAGCCUAAAAAGGUUUGGAUGAAGGUGAAAAUUUAAUCUUCAUCAAAUUUCGAUUCCAGGAAGCUGAAGAAGUCGACGAGGAUGACUCAAAUUUGAAAGAGAUUCUGAAGAAUUAUCGCGACAGAGCGGCCGAGCGCCGGAAAACUGGCGGCGAAGUAUGAAUAACGAGAAGAAAAACUUCAAUCGAAGAAAUCUAGGUAGAAGAUGAAUCGAGCAAGUUGGCGGCGGCCUAUCGAGCCAUUCCCGGCGAUGCGCGAGGCAUGGUUGACAAGGCCGAUUUGAGGAAACAGGCCAUUUUGGUUCGUAAAUUCAAAUAAAAGAAUCAUUUCGAAAUGGAUUUUCUAGGAAUCGAAAUACUUGGGAGGUGACAUGGAACACACUCACUUGGUAAAAGGUCUCGAUUAUUCUCUCUUGAACAAAGUUCGGAGUGAAAUCGUCAAAACGAACGAGGAAGAAGACGAAGAUAUCGAGAAGGCUUUCGUGAGUUUUUCGGCUUCCAAAUAAUUUCAAAAUAAUGAAUUUUCAUAAUUGGUGCGUUUCAUUAAGCGACGAAUUUCUUCAAAACUUUGAAAAAAACGUUUCUUUUGUGAUACUCCGUCUUUUCUCAAUCCAAACUUCUUCAUAACUUUCUUUUCGAAGGAGUUUUCUAAUUUCCCCAUUUUUUAUUCCCAAUGGGGAUAAAUUUUUCACGUUCUUACAAAAAAAAUUUUUUUUUUUGAAUGCCUUUUUCUGUACGUUUUUUUGAGAUUUUGUUAUUUUCAGAACCUCGAAAAAGCUUGGAAACUUUUUUUACCCUAGUUCAAAGGGAUAAUAUAGUUUCAAACGUUUUCAUGGAAUGUUGAUAGGUUAUACUGCUUCAAGCUUUCAUCUGAGAUUCCAUUCUUGUUGGAUAGAAAAAAUAUAUUAUUUCAUUUUCACCGUUUUUCUUCUUCUCAGGAAGAAGGUCCGACGUCGGAAAAGCAGCCGGCCAACGCGGUCGACGUGGGCCAACCUCUGUCGGAGAACAGAAUGGUCAGAGCGAUGCACAGGAUGAUGUUCAAAAACGAACUUCCUGUCCGGAAUGAACUUUUCGCCAAAGGAAGAAUGGCCUAUGUCGUCGAGUUGGAAGACGAGGACGCCGAUAUUCCGACAACUCUUCUUAGGUCUGUGUUUAUUUUUCAUGAAAAAAAACUACGUUGAACUUUCCUUUUCUUUCUACUGCCAGAGAAUAUCUUUUAGGCAUAAUGGAGUUUUAUUGAAAUAAAUGUUUGAGUGUUUAUUGUCGAAUCGCUUAACUUAAAAAAAUUUUUUUUUCGUUAUUUUGCCUUUCUCUGCCUUUUUUAGAAGAGGUCACAUUUGGAAAAUAAUGAAAGGCGCCUUUAUAAUUUUUCAGUUUCAACCUUCUUUCAACGGUAAUUUUUCAUUAAAUUGAACAUUGUAUUCCCGGAAUUCCCUUAUAAUUAGCUGAUUAUUCUUCCAAAAAGUAAUUGGCAUUUUUUUGAUGACUUCAAAUAAGGAAGUUUUUCAGAUCUUUGCACGAUUGCCCGCCUGCAGAAUCACUCACAACGAUCAAUGCGAACAAUUUGUUGAUCUCCAAGCUCACUCAAGUCAGUUUUUUAUGAUUUUUGAGUUUUUCAUUAUCCUUACCGAUAUCUAUUCACUAUUACCAAUACGUUUCGAUUUUUCUAUAUUAAAAGGAAAGAGUUUUGGUAAUAUUAUUGUUUGCAGGUUCUUGCCUACCUUCGGACCGACAACAAGAAGAAAAAAAGAGGCGAAGCCGAGGCUGCGAAGGCCGAAGAGAACGCGGCCGCCGCCGCGGCGGCUUCUAAUGGCGCCAAAGGCGAGAGCAUCUACGACAACGAGGAGGAGUACGUGCCCCGCAGGGAACGCGACAGGUUUCUCUUCAAUUUUUUUAAUGAACUUUUUUUCGACCUAUAAUUGCUAAAGAGUCUAGGUGCAGCUAAUGUUAAUAGUUCCACUCAUAUCGACAUAAAUUCAUUUAAAUGCAUUGAGCUUGAAACUUUUUCCUUACGGCUAUCUUAUGGUUCUCAUUUUAAUAUUUACAAUAUUUUCUAUCUGAAAAAAAAUCUGCAGGGAUCGUGACAGGGAUCGCCGCGACAAGGACAAGGGCAGGUCCUACACCGAUCGCAACUACUUUGACAGAGAAGACCGCGACAGAGAUCGCGACCGCGAUCGCAGGGGUCGCGACGACUACGGACGCGACCAUCGCAGGGACAAAGAUCGCGACAGGUAGGCUGAUAUCGAUAUUUUGUGAGUAUGUGAGCUUCAGAUGAGGUUGUAAAAUAGACGAUGUUUUCAUUUAAAAUACUCUUUUUUAUCGUUUUUUAAACAAAGUGAGAUUUUCAAGGAAAUUUUUGGAUAUAGCUCGUUUUUCAUGGAAAAAAUGAACAAGCCUAAGCAAAACUAAAGAAUUUUUUUUUGAAAAAAUUAUAGGUGUCAGUUUGUGUUUUUUUGAAUAAAAUGGAGAGCUCUGAAAAAAAUCUACGAACUCCAAAAAAAGGUUCAAAGUUUCUUAUCACUUGUAAAAAAAUAAGGGUUUUUAGAGUAAUAUAUGAAAAAAAGGAUCAGUAGGGGCGCGUUUUUUAAUCAAAAAGUUUAGAUAUUUUUUUUCUUCAAAAAGAGAAAAAGUUAUUGUUAACUGUUCAGAAGAGAUCGUGAUCCGGAGAAGGAACGACGUCAACGCGAAAAGGAACGAGAGAUCGAGAAACUGAAGAAGGAGCAGGAAGAAAAGGAAAAGGAGAAACGUCUCGAGGAGAAAAUGGAGAAAAGACGGAAGGACGCCGAAAGUGGCGGUUAUGACGAGUGUUACCCGGGAGGAAUGGCCGAACUCGCCGGAAAUUGGGAUUCUGACGAGGAAGACUUCACCAAGAUGGACAUGGGACAGCGCAAGGGACCUGUCAAUCGAUUCGACUUCGAAAAUGAAGCCGAUUAUGAAAAGUAUCAGGUGAGCAGGGUUACCAGGAAAAUCUAGGGAAGGUAGCCGGAAGGAGGUUGCAAGGUAAAGCUUGAAGGCCUUUGAAAGGUGCUCAGAAGUAGUUGGGAAGUUCUCGGAAGGUGAAAACUGAAAAUUUUGGAGCCUGGAAGGUGAGUAGAAGGUGAAGCUGUAUGGGAAAAGUCUGACCACAUAAUGGAUACCUUCUGAUACGCCUUCAGAGAAAGCAGAAUACUCCCAUUACUUUAUAAAAAAUCCGCCUUCUUGGGAUUUUCUUGAGGAUGUUUUUAGAGGAAAAAUUUUUACCGGAUUUAGAAAUCUUCGAAUGUUUUGGUAAUGUUAACUAAGUAUUUUUCAUGCUUUUUACUGUACUGUUUCUGUACAAGUUUUCGUUCUCCUUUUAGUACUUUUUUUGUAUAGAACUCUUGAGUGACCACUACAAGACUUACUUCAUACCUUAUUAGUGAGCUCGAGGUGCAUCUCUGGUCGUAUAUCCAAACUUAGAAUAAAACCCUUUCUUUUACGUCUCUAAAAAUGAGAAUCAGAUAUUCGGAAAAUAAUAAUCGUUUAGUGAAGUAGCGUCACGGACUUUUUCAUUAGUAAUGGUUUAAAAUUUUGAAGUUUUCUGAAGGAAGUGGAAAUCAUGAUAGGAAUAGUUAGUUCUAAACUGCCAAUGUUCGAAUUAUAACAUUUGAGAAUCUCAAAAGAUGUAUUCAGCGUAUAUCAUCAAUAACUUUUUCAGGGAUCUCGUGAAGCUCUACCAAAAGCCGCCUAUCAAUACGGGCUCAAGACCGGCGACGGUCGUAAAACGCGCAAAACUCAAGCAAACGAAAGCAAAAAGAUUGAUCGGGAGCUGGAGAAGAUCAAUAAAAUCAUGGACAAGCGAAAAGCUGGCGGCGACGACGGGUUCGUCCUUUUAUUUUAUUUUCGAUGCCUAAUUUCAAAAUUUUCAGCGGCGACUACAAACGACCGAAAUAUUAA